AUGCAAUCCCUUCAAACCACCGAAACCCUCGCCCUCCAAACCCUUUCCUCCCUCUCCAACCGUCUCUCCCGCAUCGAACACGCCCUCGUCGGCACCCCCCUCCUCAACCCUCAGAACAUCUCAACCCCUCUCUCCCUCCACGCCGCCAAAAUCAACCACCGAGACCACUCCAUCCGCGCCCGUCUCUCAGCCCUCGAAGCCGCCCUAACCCGUCUAGCAAACCAUUCCAAACCCGUCCACGACCUCUUAUCCCUCCACGCCUCCUACCCCGAAAUCUUCAUCGACAUCCUCCCAUCCACCCAAUCGCCUCCCUCGGGCGGUCUAACAAUCGAAGAAAAAGCCAGUAUAGUACUAUCAGCUGCGCCGCAAGUCCAAGGCGUGACGUCACAAUUGGUGUCGUUAAGAGAUAUUGCGGUCCCCGAUGUGGAUGUUUCUAUAAAACUUAUUGAGUUGCAACCUAGGGUUGAUAAGUUGGCGGUUAUGCAGGAGGUUCAGGGGAGGGAGAUGGCGGAAUUGAGGAGGAGGAGUUUGAAGGUUUUGGAAAGGUGGUAUGAGGUUGGGGUUGAAGGUGUUAACGAGUGUUUUGCAGAAUGGGAUGAGAGGGUUGGGAAGUGUGAUCGGGUGGUUAGGAGGAGGGCCGUGGAGUUGGAGAUUAAUGGAGCCGGUACUGGGACCGAGAGUGAGAGUGAGAGUGAGAGUGGGAGUGGAAGUGGAAGUGGUAGCGGUAGUAGAAGUGGAAGUGGUACAGGUAGUAGAAAUGGAAGUGGAAGCGGUGAGGAGGAUGAAGAGGAAGAGGAAGGAUGA